ACCUGCCAGCACGAUAUGGACUGUUCGGAUAGCCUGAAGGGAAGCUACUGCACCCUGGAGGGUGUCUGCGAGUGUAGCCCCUUCUACGUGCGCCUCAACGACUCGACCUGUCUGCCCUCGCAACUACUGGAAAGCGAAUGCCGGCUGUCGGAGCAGUGCUCGAUGCGGGUCGCCAACAGCAGCUGUAUCGAUGGCCGCUGCCAGUGCGACGGUGGCUUUCUGCAGUUCCGCAAACAUACCUGUCUUUCGCCCGCUCAACCGGGAACGGUGUGCUACAGUCACGCGCACUGCCGUAUGUGGGACGGCGAAAGUCAUUGCGAUUUUCUCAUCCCGAACCUGUUCGGCCGUUGCCAGUGCACUGCACCGGCGCGCCAAAAUGGACCAACCUGCGUGAUGGAACCUGAGGUACCGGAGGUACCGGAGGUGGCCCAGCCAGUGCCAGAGCAGGUCCAGGAUCAGCAGCAGGAACAGGAGCAACAGAAGGAGCAGCAGCAGCAGGAGCAGGAAGCAGCUCAGACACCUACCGAAGAGGCGCAGACAGAGGGUUCAAUCGAUCGCAUGUCAACAACGACCGAAGACGAUGUGAUCGAGGUGGAAAGCAUAGUGCUGCGGGAUGAUGCAUCAUCCCUGGAUGAUGCGGGCAUGAGUGCAGCCGAGGAUCACAUUACGACCGAGUACAACCAAGGAUCUAGCACGGAGUCAAGCGAACAGGCGGAAGCAGAUGAGGGAACGACUAUGACGGACUUUAUCGAAAUCACCGCCGGUGACGAUAAAACGGAGCGGACUACCCAUGAAGCUGGAUUCCAUACGACCACCAGCGGUAUGGAGCAGUUCGAGAGUACUGACGAAUAUGCGAACCUGGAGCGUGAAGUGGAGGAACAGUUUAAGCAACAGGAACUGGCCGAUGCCCUUAGGACAACGACGGCCGCAGCAUGGGCGAACGAGAUUGCUGACGCCAUAACCACCGAGGAGCGCCGGCAGUACGAAGAUCCGACCACCUCUGCGACCACAACUCUCGAGUUUUCCGUUAAUUCGGAAACCGCCAGACCAGCGGAAACGACACUCCGUACGGAAUCGGGCGAGACCAACACCGCGGCAGAGGAAAACGAACCCGAAUCCGAUGACAUCGAGAAUGAGGUCGAGUUUUUGGGACAGGAUCAUGAAACAGCCUCACCGGAAGUGGAUAAUCAACAAGCGGCUUCGCUGAUGCAGGAAGCGGCUCACGAUGUGGCCACAGCACCGACGACCCACGGCCAUGGAACGGAACGGUACGACGAAAUGACUUCGGCGGCACUCGUAGCGGAACAGGAAACGGACUCUGGUGUCGUGGAAGUGACAGAGCCCGUACCGUCGACCAUCGAACCCGUGGAGCAGUACUACGAUGUGCAGUUGCGCCGCCAGGAUUCGAAACUGUUUGAUGAGGAAGAAACGGAGGAAACGAUAGUCGAACAGCAGGUGCCAAGUGUGAAGGAACGAUCUGGCCCGCGAGAAACAACCGUACACUUUGAGCGUGAUAACGAAAUCAUUGGCUCCGAGCCGGCCGGCGUCCAUACGACGACGGAAACGUUGCUGCGUUUGGCUAGCCGAACGACGGCCAUGGAACCGGAGGCACCACUCUCGACGACCAAAAAAAUAACGACUUCCGUUUCCGCAGGUAUCCGCACCCGGGUGGAUUUGGGUGAUGGUCCCGUUUCGCUUGGAUUGACCUGUGCCAGCAACGAACAGUGCCAACUAGCCGACCCUUACUCUCACUGCAACGAAGCGGGCCGCUGCGAUUGUUCCUUCCACCAGCCAGACGACUCUUGCCGUGCCACCAACACCGGAUGCUCUCGCGGAACGUUCCAGUGCCGCUCGAGUGGAAUCUGCAUCAGUUGGUUCUUCGUGUGCGAUGGCCGACCGGACUGCAGCGAUGCAUCGGAUGAGGAGUGCAGCUUCGCAACGAAAUCGACUAACGGAACACUCCAGAAGACACAAUUCGGUUGCCCAGAGCUUUCGUUCCGAUGCGAACAGAGCGGUCGCUGCAUCUCCCGGGCCGGUAUCUGCGAUGGCAAAACGCAGUGUCCUCAUGGGGAAGAUGAGGUCGGUUGUGAUUUCCGAAAGUCGCGCAAAUGUCCCGAACACACGUUCAUGUGCCGUAGUGGCGAAUGUCUGCCGGAGUACGAGUACUGUAAUGCGAUCGUGUCUUGUCGCGAUGGUAGCGACGAACCACCGCAUCUCUGUGGUUCCCGUGCCGUACCAAACUUCUUCGUGAAGCUGCUCAGUGGUCCGACGGCCCGGGGACGGAACUAUUGCCCGAUGCGGUGUGGCAAUGGACGCUGCCGUUCGACCGCUAUCGUCUGCUCGGGACGUGAUGGAUGCGGUGAUGGUAGCGAUGAGGAUCGGUGUUCCGUUUGCCGAUGCCCGGCGCCAGCCUACAAUAACGUCCUGCAAUCCGCCAUCGUUCCACCCGCUGUUGUCGUUUCGAAGCCUGGCCGAAGUAGGACUAGCCGCAUCACCAGUGGCCGCUGGACCAGAACAUAGGUCGAAGGUUACAAUACCGAACGACUCGCGACUGAAUGACUCACGUCGGUACAGCGACUUCAAACCGAUGCGACCUAAGCGAGAGGAUCGGGAUGUGGACUGGUGGACACCGCCUUGUUCCGGUCAUCGUCGCCGGUUAGGUUAAAUAGAAAACGCUCUUCCGCUAGUUUGUAAAUAAAGGAGGGACCUGUCUUCUGUCCUUCCCCAA